AUGAAAAGGUCGAUCUCACUUGACCAAGAACAGGUCCUGGAGGGGCAUACGGCGGCCGUGCGCGUCGUCAAGUUUAACCGAGACGGAAGAUAUUGCAUGAGCGGAGGAUAUGACAAGAAAAUCAUUCUCUGGAAUCCAUACCAAUCCAAAUCGAUUUGUACAUACACUGGACACAGUUACCAGGUAUUGGACCUCGACAUCACGAGCGAUCACCUCCAUUUUGUGUCUUGUGGCGGAGAUAAACAGCCGUUUCUGUGGGAUGUCGCCGCUCGCUUGGUAAUUCGGAAAUUUCGCGGCCACAAUUCUCAAAUUAAUUGCGUGGCUUUUCAUCCUUCUGCAUCCAUAUUCGUCACUGGAAGCAACGAUCAGACAGUUAAGUGCUGGGAUUGUCGAUCUAGAUCAAUCGACCCCAUUCAGGUUCUCCCAGAAGCUAGAGAUAGCGUCACUUGUGUCGCAACCUCCACAAUCGAAAUUUUUACUACGUCAGCUGACGGAUGCCUAAGAACCUAUGAUGUCCGCAUGGGAAAACUCCAAACGGACUGUCUCGCCUGCGUCAUCUCCUCCGUCAGUCUGUCUAACGACGGGCAAAUUCUACUCCUCAGCACGCUUUCUAACAAACUCAUGCUCAUAGACAAAGAAGAAGGAACUCUCUAUCACGAGUAUAGGGGACACACAAACACAGAAUUCAGAGUCGACUCUACAUUUCUAAACAACAGCUCGUUCGUAGCAUCGGGAAGCGAAAACGGUGACAUAUGCGUUUGGGCUCUAGAAGACACUGAACUCCUUCUGAAAAAAAAAGCGCACCAAAAACUCCUAAUGGGGCUAGCAGCGCACCCAUACGGCAAACACCUCCUGACGGCUUCAGAAGACCAAACCAUCAAGCUUUGGACCCUCUCGACAUAA